GCUGCGCACUCCCCGGCGCGCUCCUCCACCGUCCUGCCGACGCGCCGCUCACAUGCUGACACAGCGCCGCCGCCGCCGCUGCCGAGGCAUGGACGCUCCGACGGCACGGGCGUGAAAGUGUAGCAGCGGGGGGGGGAGAAACGGCAGAAGAGGAAGAGAAAGAAAAAGAAGUGAAUGGAGAAGAAGAGACGGCCGCAGGAAGAGAAGAAGAUCAGAAAGUGACGGCGCGCUAGAGGAAGCGGACUCGGGCGCAUCGCGGCGGAGAAUGGGCAAUUCCUCCUUCCCAGGUCGAGAGAAGCGAAAGGGCUCCAUGAUCUCCGCCGGCGAUGCCGAGUACCCGCGGGAUUACCACACCCUGGCGGCGGGCGGCCGCGGGGCGCGCCGCUUCCCCGACAGCGCCAACGGCGGCUUCGCCUCGUCCUCGCUGGACCGCCGCCACAACUCGGUGGCCGCCAAGAGCCUGGAGGCCCUGAACAGCAUCCACAAGGCGGACAUCGAGCGGCAGCGGGACGCCCUGAUGGACCUGCAGAAGAACAAGUACUCCAACAGCCCGGGCGGCGUGUCGCAGGGCUCUGCCGGCGCCGGGCGGCAGCAGCCGAACUACUGGAGCUUCAAGUCUCGAACGCCCCGUGUGACGCGCCUGAGCCCCACGCAGCCGGCGCUCGCCGACCAGGCCAGCAGGGUUUCCUUCGCGUCGGCCGAGAAUCUGGAGACCAUGUCCGAGUCCGACGUCCCCAUCGGCUUCAACCGGAUGAACCGGCUGCGCCAGAGCCUCCCGCUGGCCCGCUCGUCCAGCCAGGCCAAGCUCCGGGCGCCAGGGAUCUUGUUCCUGCAGCUCGGGGAGGAGACCCGCCGGGUCCACCUGACCCAUGAGCUGACCAGCCUGGACACCCUGAGGGCGCUCAUCGUGCACAUGUUCCCCCAGAGGCUCACCAUGGCCAUGCUCAGGUCUCCCAGCACGGCUCUGCUCAUCAAAGACGAGACGCGGAACGUGUUCUACGAGCUGGAGGACCCCCGGGACGUCCAGGACCGCUGCGUCAUCAAGAUCUACUGCAAGGAGCCGGUGUACGGCACGUACCCCGGGCACCACAACCCCCACCUGGCCAACGGGGACCUGCGAGUGAGCAGGGAGAUGGUGUACGCUCCUCAGGACUCUCCUCCAAACCGCCGCCUGAGCAACCCCCCCAUGUCUUCCCAGCACUCGUCCUCCUCCGCCUCGCCUCCUCAGGGCUCUCCGUCCCGGGUGCGGCUGCUGUACGGCGGCGGGCGGCCGUCGUCCUACGCCGGGCCGCCCCACCACACCCACUCCCUGCCCCACCCGCACUCGCAGUCCCACCACUCGUCCCCCCACCAGCAGCCGCCGCUCCACCCGCCGCACCACGCCCAGCAGGCCUUCUGCGCCUCGUCCAGCGCCAUCCUGGAGCGCCGCGACGUGAAGCCGGACGACGAGGUGGGCGGGUCCAGGAGCAUGGUGCUGCUGCGGGGGGACGACCGCGGCGGAGGGGGCAUCUACGCCGACCCCUACUCCCUGGGCCCCGACCCCAGCCGGCUCAGCCUGGCGGGGGGGCCCCACUCCCCCCUGCCGGCCCGGGCCGACCCCUACGGCUCCCUGUACCGGCGCGGGGGAGGCGGGGGCGGCGGCGGCGGCGCCGGGUCGGUGCGCUCGCUCACCUCCUACUCCGCGGCCGCGUUGCAAGGAGAGCUGAUGGAGAGCGGCGCCCUCUACAGGCCCGGAGGCCCGCUGUACAACGACGCCUACGCCGCGUCGGUGCUGGCCAUGGGGCUGCGGGUGGCCCCGCCCUCCUCCCCGCAGAAGAUCCCCGACAUGAGGGAUUCCUACGGGGGCACCAUGCCCGGCCGGGGCUCUCCGGGGAGGCAGAGCCUGCGGCGGGACUCCGUGUCCUCCUCCGUGUUCGGCGACAGUCCCAAAGCCCGCGGCCCGGGUCCCGGGCUGGGCCUCACCUCCGAGCAGCUCUGCCUGAUGGCCGGACCGGGCGGGGAAGGGGGCGGGCCCGGGGGGUUCGGAUCGCCUCUGCUGGGGAACGAGACGGAGACCAGGGAGCGCAUGGAGGCCAUGGAGAAGCAGAUCGCCAGCCUGACCGGGUUACUGCAGAGAGUGCUGAGCCGGGCGCCGGAGGCCGAGAGCCCGGAGAAGAUGGAGUCGGCCAGCGACUGCUCAGGAACUGACACUCUGACCCCCUCCGCCCCCCUCGCCCUCAUGCCGCCGCCGCCCUCAGGACCCCACCAGCCCGUGACGGUGUCCCGCCUGCAGAUGCAGCUCCACCUGCAGGGUCUGCAGCAGAACACCAACGCUCUGCGCAAGCAGCUGUCGCAACUGCGCAACAUGCAGCUGGAGAACCAGGACGCCGUCCUGUCCCUGCUCCGGCAGACCGAGUCCGAGCUCAGCCUCAUGAUGCUGGACGCCAUGCGGACCCAGGAGGACCCGCUCCAGAGACAGCGCCUCCUGGUGGAGGAGGAGAGACUCAAGUACCUGAACCAGGAGGAGCUGCUCAUCCAGCAACUGCACGACCUGGAGAAAUCGGUGGAGGAGCUGCAGAGGAAUUCGUCCAUCAACCACGGCCUGGUGACCGAGCAGGACGUGGAGCAGAAGGCGAAAGAGCUGAGGAUGCUGGGAGAGACGCUCACCGAGCUCAAGAACCAGUUCCCCAGCCUGCAGAGCAAGAUGCGGGUGGUGCUGAGGGUGGAGGUGGAGGCCGUCAAGUUCCUGAAGGAGGAGCCGCACCGGCUGGACGCGCUGCUGAAGCGCUGCAACACCAUGACGGACGCCCUCAGCACGCUGCGCAGGCAGGUGACGGAGGGCGUGUGGCAGAGCCCCGAGGACCUGUCCAGCCAGUCCCAGAAGAGGUCGGAGGACCUGGACAUCCUGAACAGCCCCCCCCUCAGCCUCUCCGACCUGGGCUCCGGCGCCGGCCUGGCCAACUGGAUGCCCGUCGGCGCCGCCGAGCCCGACGGCUCCGGGCCCGAGCAGGACCUCCAGCCCUCCGCGGGCUUCAGGAACCGAGUCCUGGACGAGCUGCCGAGCCGGCGGCCCGCCGACAAGUCGGUGUCGGCCGAAGUCAGACUGGCGGCUGAGCGGGACUGGGAGGAGAAGCGGGCCAGUCUGACCCAGUUCAGCGCUCAGGACAUCAACCGGCUGCUGGAGGAGACGCAGGCCGAGCUGAUGAAGGCCAUCCCGGACCUCGACUUCGCCGCCAAGCACAUCAACAAGCCGGCCGUGCCCCCCAAGCCCCAGAUCACCCUCCCCAUCACCUCCACCACCGCCGCGUCGCCCGCCUCCGCCGGGUCCGCCGGCCCGGCCAACGCCGCGCCCGGCGGCGAGCAGCAGCCCGGCAAAGUGCAGCUGGCGGCACAGAAGCUGAACAGCAUGGAGGGCGGGGGGUCGCACCGGGGCUCCGUGGACCUCAGCGUGGCUCGGUACCGAACAGAGAAACCCUCCAAGUCCCCGCCCCCUCCUCCACCCCGCCGGAGCUUCCCCUCCGCCCACGGACUCACCACCAACCGCACCGGGGAGGUCGUCGUCACCACCAAGAACCUGAAGAUGGAGGACGACGGCGACGUGCCCAAAACUCUGGUCAAGCUGCGGCGGACCCCCUCCGACACCCCCCGGCCGGCCUCCACCCCGCCGGUGAUCGCCGCCUCCGCCAUCCAGGACGAGGACGACGAGGAGAAGAUCAUCGCCGAGCUGGAGAUCUUUCAGCCGUCGCCUGCAAAAGGUUGUAGUCAGCCGCAGGACAGCCCCGCCUGCUCCACCCUCUUUGGCUCCUUGGGCAGAAAGAACAGCACCCACUCCCCGGGGCCGACCAAGGGCCCCACCGUGGCCGCCCGCCUCAAACACCUCCAGCAGGGCAGCCUGGAGCGGCCCAAGACCCGCAAGCAGAAGGAGGAUUUCCCCAAAGUCCAGGGCCAGCAGCAGGUAUUCCACUUCUGAACCCUCCGACUGGCCUGACCCGACUCUGACCGCUCUUCAGAGGACACUCCCCCCCCCCCCCCCAAUCCUCCGAGGACGCUCUCCCCCCCUUGAUAUCUGAGUUCCCGGAUGGAACCCUCGCUUGCUUAGAGACCUCAGUUCUUGUCGUUUCGAGUGUGCCGGCGUUUGCCCCCCCCCCCUCCCCAGGACGGCCUUGGUGGUGCUUGUGACUGACGGAUCUAGCUUUAUCUGAACAGUCAGACCUACUCGGACGCCUCUUCGCCUCCACGGUGCGGCACAAUCGCCAAUAACGCCACGGAUUGAUCCCAUACCUCCAGUGUGACGCCACCGCCCCCCCAUACCCUGCCCCCCCCCUUCUCUUUUCGUCUCACUCAUGGUGAAAACCUCGAGGUUAGCACGAGCUGCGACCGUGCUGCCAGUCUUUAUGCAAGAGGAGCCGAGCGAAGCACCGAGCGUGAGCGUCGAGUCCGGCUGAGUCCGGACGUCGGGCCGGUUGAGUAAAAACUGGCCUCAGGUCUGAAGAGGUGGCGAAGCAGCGUCCCACACCGGAACGAGCCGGAUGUGAUCCAGAGGAAGGUGAAAUGAGCUGCAGUGUCUCCACUUACAGAUAGUUUAAGAAGUCAUAAACAUAGAAAAAUAAUAGAAGAAAGAAUAUUCUGUUUGUCUCGCUCCACGAC